ACGCCAUCGGCGGCAGAGUUGGGGAAGACUCCGCUCAGAUCACUAGCUGUAGAAGGUGCUGUCGUUAGACGUCGGCAAUAUAACAACCAACAUAAACGAUGUUCGCGUUGUUCCUGUCGCUGCUCCUGGUCGUUCCAGGAUGUUUGAGCGUCAACGUCGUUGAACACGCUGGUGCCACCGGCCCAGAUGUAGUGACGACGGUGGUGGACAUCAUUCGAACCAACUGCAUCUUCCCCCAGGACAAAUUGUUUCUCCGCCGCCUGGCGUACGUGGAGACGAGGGAUGGGUCCUCGCCGAAAACAUACAGUGACCCAAAUAACAGUGGUGGAAUCUGGCAGGUGAGCUCCAGUAUGCUCGCUCAGACCCAGGGCAACCAGCCCGAGUUGCAGCCUCUGUACACAAUCAUACAGAACGCCCUGAACAUAAACUGGAGGACAGUCCAGUGGUCAGACCUCCGAAAGCCCCUCUACUCCGGACUGGCCGCCGCUCUCUACCUCACGCUACAAACCAGCCACCCAGGGGUGACCAUUCCUCUGAAGGUGGAGGAGCAGGCCGUUUUCUGGAAGGACAAGUAUCAGAGCGGAGGGAGCAGCGCUUACAACUUCACGGCGAUAGUCAACGAGAUGGAACUAGGUUGUCAGGCUUUGAACAGACAGGUGGACAUUGCCUUUAUCGUGGACACCUCGAGCAGUCUCAGCAAGGACGACUUCACAAGGGUCAAGAACUUCCUAAAGGAAAUCGUAAAUGGACUCAAUAUUGGCGCAAGCACUGCCCACGUUGCCGUCAUAACGUAUGCCUCAAACGUUAAUGUCCAGUUCCGUCUCAACAAGUACUUCUCAAACAUUGAAGUCUACACUGCCAUUUCAAACCUUGUCUACACUGGCGGUGCCACCAACACCGCUGGGGCUCUCAACGCCGCCGUCACCGACGUCUUCGCCAGGUCAAUGGGUGGUAGGGACAGCGCCGUCAAGGUGGCAAUCCUCAUCACUGAUGGAGUGCCCGACGACGCCAUUAACACUGAACAUGCUGCUGACAAUGUACGCCUUAACGGCAUCGCCGUGUUCACCGUUGGGGUGGGGAGUGCCAUAGACACCGCUGAACUGCGGAGAGUGGCCACUCCCCCAUCCUGCACCCAUUCCUAUAUUGCAAACGGGUAUGACAGCAUCGCCAAUCUCAAACAGGAGAUACAGAACAACAUCUGCAGGGCUCCACUGUACGCCAAUGCGACGGUAGAAUGUACGAUCGGUACAUGUCCUCCAUACGCCUUCCCCUUCACCGGCAACAACGGCCUCACCAUUCAGUCCACGGUCUCCUGCGGUUCGGCCGUCCUCUACGCCGACGUCAACAACUUCUACCCCGGCCCCGCACACAACCUCAUCACCCAGGUCAUCGACAGAAAUGGGAACAUCUUCUACCAAGCCAAGCCUGAUGCCAACACCGAUUAUCUGUACAUCAUGGCGAAGGACUCGCAACGAAGUAUCGGCUGCAACCUUACCUUGACGCCCCUUAUCGGCAACAAGGUAGUUACAGGAUUCGAGGUCAUUUGUAGGGAUCUGCCCAGCCACAGCCCGAGACCGUGCACGAAAUCAGAUCUGAUCCAGUUCAGACCUCUCAUAUGUGACAGUGUUCCGACCGUGCAGAACCCAUGCAAGCCUGCAGAUGCGGUGUCCGGAAAGAAGUACCCCCUAUCCAGGUGACCUGACUCGCUACAUCCAGUGUUUGCCAAAUGGCCUGUUCCAGGUCACCUACUGUCCAGCUAACAACCUCUUUGACCCUGAAUGUGGAACAUGCUACGGUGCUGAUAUUCCCAAAGUGGACUGUUCUUAUGUUGGCAAUGUCACCAAGAAUCCAUGCACGGCCCAGAAUCUCCUCAACAACCUCUUACUUCGAGUACCCUGGGGACCACCAUAAAUACAUACAAUGUGACGUAUGGGGACACGCGUGGGUGAGGUCCUGCCAGACGUCAUAUGUGUGGGUGCAGGCACACAUCACGUGUGAGGAACCCGGGCUCUCGUACAACCCCUGCCCCCAGAUGACCCUCCACGGUCAACGAUUCUACAGCUACCCACUGGACAUCCAUAAGUUCGUCGAAUGCCUGGACACACUGAACCCUCAGCUCCUGGACUGCCCGAACCAGGAGGUCUGGGACGACUGCGCGAAGACGUGUGUCGGUCAAGCAAUGCUGACCCCGAACUGUGGGUCGAACCCUGGAGCAACAGCCGCGCCCAAAUUCACCUAUGCCCCCACCGGAGCUGCGACGAGCGGGUACACGUACCCUUGCACCGAGGACCACAUCCGGAACAACGAACUGUAUUUCCCUGUCCCCGGUAACAAACACCAGUACUACCAGUGUUCCCUGGGGGGCAUCAGAUACACGAAGACCUGUCCCGGAAGUGACUGCUACGACCCUAACUCCCACACUUGUGUUGACGGCUGUCUCGUCAUUGGUGGCAACUAGCUUCCUCAAACUCCAUAAAACUACCAUUUUUGGCAGAGUAAACUACGUUUAUAACGAGCUGUCGGAUAUAACGAACUAACCGAUAUAGCCAAUUGUUUUUGGAGCCGGCCACUUACUGCAAAUCUGCAAAA